AUGAACCUUAUUGAAUUUAUGAAUGACUUUGUCAACAAUAAAUCUUAGAUAGACAUCUCAAUAAUGAAAUAGUACAUCAAUUUUCGUAACAUCCAACAAAUUAAUUUAGAGGAAUUCGGUAUUAUUCUCACACAAAUGAUUUCAUUCCUCAGUGAAGAAGGUAAUUCCUUUUUUAUUACUCUGGUAGGAGACAUUUAGGAUUUAAUAUACAUGUCCAUAUAUAUGGCUAAACACUCUCCCAAUGUCAUUCUCAUUACACAAGCACUCAAUACUCUGACUGUUUUAUUAUUCAAUUCCAAUUUAAUUGAUCUAAGUAAGAAACUUGCCAAAUUCAAUCUCAAACAUUACUUAAAUGAAUAACCCUAAUUGUUUCUGAUAUCUCACCUCAACCUAGCCAGAAUUCAUUAUUGUUAAUUCAAUUACAACAAAUGUUUUAGACUAGUUGAAAGAGCAUUGAUCAAAUAUGAACCUUAUGUAAAACUCAAUAUUUUAUCAGUAAGAUAUUUAAAGAGAUGAAAACCAAUACUUCUAAGUUGUAAAAGAAUCCAUCCGACAUCAUUUUACUAUUGAAUGGUUAUUUAUUUUAUGGAAAAUGUGUAUAAUAACUAUAAAGAUAAUAAGAAAUGCUUGACAUAGAUUAUGAUAAGUUUUUCCAUAAUGGUUAAAAGAUAUGUAGAAAAUUCCUUAAUUAAAAUCAUUAUUUAGUUUCUUAUUUUACUUAAUAAAGAAGUGUUUCUAUAUCUAGAAAGAGUAUUAUGAUUAGAUAAAAAGGAAAAUCAAUUAAGGUAGCAGAUGCAAAAAGAAUUAGUGCUUCAUGUAAUAUUCUAAUGAGAUAAAUCAAGUUGUAGACUCAAAAUACUAUCUAAGAAUAAUAAUAAUAAAUAAAAGCUUAAUCAGAAUCAGCUAGAAUAGAUAUGGGGGAAUCUGGUACUAAAAGUUCAGAAAGAAUGAUAAAAUAAUUUAGAGUACAUUCUCCAAGAUAAUAACCUAUUGAUAUUUAAAAUAUCAUUUAAACAAAAUUUGAUCAUUUUGUUUAAACUUUUAGUAAUAAAAAAAGUGAACCUAAAAUAAAUUCUUUAGAGAAAAGAAUUUCUGAACUUUAAAAAGAAAAUCUUAAAAUGUAAUAAUAAAGAUUAGAAAGAGAAUAAGAAAUUAAUGAAUUAAAAUAGAAAAUUGAAGAAUUAGGAAAUGAAUCAAAUAAAAUAAAAUUAAAAUAUGAAUAAUAAUAAAAUAUUAUGCAUGAUCGUUUAUCAUUUGGUAAUGUUAUACCUUAAUAAUUUGAACAUCAUUAAUAAAAUUUAUAAUUUUUACCUCCUCCUAAAUAAAUUAAUAGAUAAAGUACUACUGAAAUUAGAAGUUUGAUACAAACCUUAUCCUAAGGUCAAGUUGAAGAUACAGUUAAAGUUUUAAAAAUUCCAGAUAUUAAUCUUAGUAGUUCAUUUAAUGAUGAUAUGGAAAUAACAAUUAUUGAUUGUAAUUCAUAAUUUAUUUAUAUAGAGCUGGAUUAAGGAAGAGAAUAUACUAUUUUACUUUAAAAUGAUAUAAUUGUUAUUAAGAAAGUUAUGUUUGAAGAUAUUUUAUAUGAAAUUUAAUGUUCAAUUCAUGGAAAUCAUCUUAAAAUUUAAUUAGAUGUAGAUAAAAUUGAAACCUUUGAUAUUAAUGCACUUAAUAAUGUAUUUUUUAUUUUUAUUAAAAUAUAGUUUUUUUAAGUAGCUGAAUUAAGAGCUGUCUUACCUUAUACUUGUCCAUUAAAAUGUAUAAAUUCAUUUAAUAAAUUUGUUCAACAUUUAAUUCUACCCUUUGUUUAAUUUAAUGAUAAUUAAAUUAAAUUAUCACAUACACCCAUUAGUAUUUUUAAUGAAUAAAAUAAAUUUUGGAUUUUUGAAGAGGAAUGUCAAAUUACUGUUGUUACUAUUGAAUAAUUUAUUCUUAGAUUAAUAAUAACUGGUUAAUAAUAAUAAGGUUGGAUAGAUUUACAAUUUGAUUAAGUUUCUUUAGAUUUAUUUUUUGAUUCAUACUUUUAUGAAGAAUAUGAAAAAGAAUCUAUAUAAUAAAUCAUAAGAGUUAUUAAUUAAACCUAAUAAUAAUAAUAAUAACCUACUUCAAAAAAAGUUACAAAUUAAGUUCAUAGUUAUGUUAUUAAAAAUAAAAUAAGAUUUACUUAAUUUUUAGAAUCACUCAAGUAAAAUCUUGAAAAUGAAUUAGCAACUAUAUUUUAAAUUGAUGAUUUAGUUGGAUUUUUUAAUUUCUUAAAUGGAUAAUAAAUUUAAAUGCCUAAUAGUACUUUAGCUAAUCUUAAGAUGUGCUGUAUAAAAAUUACUGAAUAGGCUACUAAUCAAAGAAUCAUAAUAGUUGCUGAUAAUAAUUAAGAUAAUUGUUUUGAGAUUCUUUUACAAAAUUGUUAUGAUACAUAUGGUAUAUCAAUUAUUAUAAUAAUUUAUAGCUCCUAGAGGUGCAAAGGUCAAAGCUUUAGGUUAAGAUCAAUUUGAUUAUUAUGAUAUCAAUAAGACAUUUGGUUUACAUAUAUCUCUAAUGGAUUAUGCUGAUAUACAAUUAUUAUGUUAUCUACUUACUCUAAUGUUUGACUUAAACACUUUCACAAAGGAAUUGGAUAUAGAUGAUUAUGAUAGAUACAAAGAAAAUUGCAUAAUCAAAAAGGAAGUGAAUAGUGAAAGCUGUUAUAGAUUUUUUAUAAGUAAAAUUCAAUCGAAAUUUAAGAUUCUGAAUAUAGAAUUCCAAUAACUAUAUCAUAUUUGGGAAUAAAUGAUAAGCCAAUAGGAGUAAAACUUUAAGUUUUUGAUGAAAUUAAUUUGAAUGAGAAUGGAAUGUUUUUUACUAUUACAACUGGAAUAUGGGAUAAGUAAAAGAAGGAGACAAUAUUUGGAUAAUAAGUAUAUCAUAUAAGAGUUAUAAGAAAAAAAGAAAACCACCCAAAUAUAUUUAGUGCAAUAAGAUGACCACUGAUUAUCACUUGAAUUUCAUUUUAUAAUCCAUAGGUUGGCAGGUCAUCUUUGAUAGUGUUUCAAUUAAUUAAGAGAAUUUAUAAGUUUGCCG